AUGGACAGGAUCGCUGCCUUCCUCCACCUCGACCCCCCCAAAACCGAGCAAACACCCGUCACCCCCGCACUGAGCCACUUGUCACCGCACCACACCGCAGCACAGCAGCACAGGCGCGGCGGUGCAGCAGCAGGGGCACUGCAAGGGGCAGCGGGGGGCGGUGUGAGCAGCCCUGGACUAGCCCAUGGGAACCGGCAAGGCGGGGUGCCGGGGGUGCAUGGGCAGGGGGCUCCGGGGGCCCAUGGGCAGGGGGGGCAUGUGCAGGGGGGGCAUGGGCAGGGGGAGGAGGUGGCAGCAGCGCCGUUCAGCAAGCGCCUGGCGUACCGAGUGGAUGUGCUCUUCUCCACUCACUCCUAUGUCAAGAGCCUUGCUCUGCUCACUGCCACGCUCGUGCUCAUCGCGGUGGGCGGCCUGGCCCUGUACGCAGUGAGUGGCAAGGAGCGUCUUGUUCUGGCCGACGCCACGUGGCGGGCCUGGACCUACGUGGCAGAUGCGGGUAACCACGCGGACAGCGAGGGCGUGGGGCCGCGCGUGGUGAGCGUGAGUGUGAGCAUCGGCGGCAUGCUGGUGUUUGCGCUGAUGGUGGGGUUGGUGUCGGAGGGCAUCUCAGAGAAGGUGGACUCGCUCCGCAAGGGCAAGAGCGACGUCAUCGAGCACAACCACACACUCAUCCUCGGCUGGAGCGACAAGCUCGCGUCGCUGCUGAAGCAGCUGGCGGUGGCGAAUGAGAGCAUGGGGGGGGGCGUGGUGGUGGUGAUGGCGGAGAGGGACAAGGAGGAGAUGGAGAGCGAAAUCUCCAAGAUGGAGUUCGCCUUGAAAGGCACCUCCGUCAUCUGCAGGUCCGGCUCCCCUCUCGUACUAGCCGACUUAAAGAAGGUGGCACCCAGCACAGCACGGCGCGCCCCCUCAUCACUGGGCUCCUGUCUCGUGCUAGCAGACAUGAAGAAGGUGUCAGUGACACUCCGCACGGCGCGCCCCCUCAUCGUGCCGGCGGAAGCUCAGUCACGCUCUGCUCUCACCCCACCCCGCUUCUCUCCUCCCCUCCCUCGCAGGUCCGGCUCCCCCCUGGUCUUAGCGGACCUAAAGAAGGUGUCAGUGAGCACGGCGCGCUCACUCAUCGUGCUGGCAGAGGCAGAGAACGCCGAUGCAGCGGAUGCACGUGCGCUGAGGGUGGUGCUGUCGCUCACGGGCGUGCGGGAGGGGCUGAGGGGGCACAUUGUGGUGGAGCUCAGUGACCUGGACAACGAGGCGCUGGUGAAGAUGGUGGGAGGGCAGCAGGUGGAGACGGUGGUAGCGCACGACGUGAUAGGGCGGCUGAUGAUCCAGUGCGCACGGCAGCCAGGCCUGGCGCAGAUAUGGGAGGCGCUGCUGGGGUUCGACAACUGCGAGUUCUACGUCAAGCACUGGCCGCAGCUGGCUGGGAAGCCCUUCAGUGACGUGCUCGUGUCCUUCCCUGACGCCGUGCCGUGCGGCGUGAGGAUCGCCGGGGAUGGUGGGCGGAUCUGGCUCAACCCGGACGAUGACUAUGUGCUGCAGGCCGACGAUGCAGUGCUGGUGGUGGCGGAGGAUGAUGACUCGUACGCGCCCGGUCCACUGCCCCACGUGCGCCACGCCAUGCUGCCCGACGUCGUCGUGCCGCCCAAGCUGCCCGAAAAGAUAUUAUUCUGCGGAUGGCGAAGAGACAUUGACGACAUGAUUGUGGUGCUCGAAGCCUUCCUAGCGCGCGGCUCAGAGCUGUGGAUAUUCUGUGAGGUGCCGGUGGAGGAGCGCGAGGAGAGGCUGAUGGAGGGCGGGCUCAACCCGGGUGACCUGGAGAACGUGGCUCUCGUGCACCGCGUGGGCAACGCCGUCAUCCGCCGCCACCUCGAAAGCCUUCCUCUUGAGACGUUCGACUCGAUCCUCAUUCUAGCCGACGAAGGCGUGGAGGACUCGGUGAUCAACUCUGACUCGCGCUCGCUCGCCACGCUGCUGCUCAUCCGCGACAUCCAGUCCAAGCGCAUGCCCUACGAGGUCUGCUUCUCCGGCGCCCCUGCCCGCGGGCCCUCGCGCAGCGCACACAUCGUGCCUGGCGCUGCUGCCGCCGCCGCCGCUGCCGCUUUCGCUGCUGGCGGCCUGGGAGCAGCAGCAUCAGGGGCAGGCGCAGGGGUCGGGGCGGGGGCGGAUGGUGCUGCUGGUUCCAGUGGGAUCGGGAAUGGGAAUGGGAACGGGGGCUCGUGGAUCAGGCAGAUGCAGAAGGCGUCGCAGCAGUCGAUUGUUAUUUCCGAGAUUCUCGACUCGCGCACGCGAUCCCUCGUGGCCGUGUCCAAGAUCAGCGACUAUGUGCUCUCCAAUGAGCUCGUCUCCAUGGCCCUCGCAAUGGUGUCAGAGGAUCGGGAGAUCAACCGCGUGCUGGAAGAGCUCUUCUCAGAAGAGGGCAAUGAGAUGUACAUUCGCCCAGCGGAGCUCUACCUAUACGAGGGGGAGGAGCUGAGCUUCUUCGAGGUGAUGGUGCGCGCGCGGCAGCGCCUGGAGAUUGUGAUUGGCUACCGCCUGGGCGGCGAGGAGGUGGCGGUGCUCAACCCGCCCAACAAGAGUGCCGCCCGGCAGUGGUCGCUCAGCGAUGCCUUCAUCGUGCUCUCUUUGGAGGAAUAA